UUGGUUGGUGCGCGCGCCCAGGUGAGCAGGAGCUGAACCGGAUCAAAGCGGUUUAAAGUUUCAGUCUGAUUCAGAGAAACUAGACUCACCUGAUCUCAGCUACGAGUCCAUGAAGAGUCAGUGAUCCACCAUGAAGAUCCAGAGAGGAGGACGGUUCUACUGAGAGAGCAGCAUCUCCAGUGUCCAGCUGUGUGUGGAGAGUAAAACCUCAGUGAUGGAGCAUCACUCCAGCAGUGGAGGAAGAACCUCUGAUUCAAAAGUGAAGCGUGCAGCAUCUCCAGAACCCAGCUGUGUGUCUAUGAAGAGUGACGGGUCCAUGGGGGAACCUCUUAAUUUCAGCAGAGGAGGAGGAGAACCCAGCUGUGUGUCUAUGAAGAGUGACUGGUCCAUGGGGGAACCUCAUAAUUUCCGCAGAGUAGAAGGAGAACCCAGCUGUGUGUCUAUGAAGAGUGGCUGGUCCAUGGAGGAACCUCUUAAUUUCAGCAGAGGAGGAGGAGAACCCAGCUGUGUGUCUAUGAAGAGUGACCAGUCCAUGGUGUUACCAGCACAGUCCAGUGGAGGGAGAGGAACCUCUGACUCAGGGCAGCACGCCACACAAACAGCACUGCAGAUAAACACUCUGGCAGAUAUUCACCAACCAGUGGAUGACGUCCUUCACAGAGUCUUAGAGAGACACAAAACCAGAAUGAAGAAGAAGUACAAGAGCUUAUUUGAGGGAAUCAGAACAGAAGAGAAUAAAACCCUCCUGAACAGGAUUUACACACAGCUCUGCAUCAUAGAGGGAGAGAGUGAAGGAGUGAAUGAAGAACAUGAGGUUCUACAGAUGGAGAAAACAUCCAGGAGACACUUACAAGACUCUCCAAUCAACUGCUUAGACAUCUUUAAACCUCUACCAGGUCCUGGAGGAGAAACACAAGAAGAGAACAUUAGAGCUGUGAAGGCUGACAGUCUCAGACACAAAGAAAGAAAAGAAGAUAACAGACCAAAAGAGCCAGAGCUCAGAAGUGUUCUGACUAAAGGCAUCGCUGGAAUUGGAAAAACUGUCUCUGUGCAGAAGUUCAUUCUGGACUGGGCUGAAGGAAAAGCCAAUCAGGAUGUGGAGCUCAUGUUUGUGCUUCCGUUCCGGGAGCUGAACCUGAUUAAAGAUGAUCAAUAUAGUCUUCAUGGACUUCUGUGUGACUUCCAUCCUGAGCUCAAAGAUCUGGACCCAGAGAUUUAUGAUCAGCUCAAAGCUGUGUUUAUAUUUGAUGGUCUGGAUGAAAGUAGAAUUCCACUGAACUUUGAACAGUGUGAGAAAGUAUCUGACAUCACCAUGACAUCAUCAGUGGGUGUGUUGAUGACAAACCUCAUCAAAGGAGAGCUGCUUCCCUCUGCUCUGAUCUGGAUAACCUCCCGACCAGCAGCAGCCAAUCAGAUCCCUCCAAAAUACAUCAAGCGUUCGACAGAAAUUCAGGGAUUCAGUGACCCACAGAAGGAGGAGUACUUCAGGAAGAGGAUCAGUGAUGAAGACCAAGCCAAGAGAAUCAUCUCCCACAUUAAGACAGCGAAGAGCCUCCACAUCAUGUGCCACAUUCCAGUCUUCUGCUGGAUCUCAGCCACUGUUCUUCAGCAAAUCAUCAAACAGAGUCAUACAGAAAUCCCUAAAACUCUGACUGAAAUGUACUCACACUUCCUGAUCACUCAGACAAACAUGAAGAACAAGAAGUAUGAGGAGAAAGACAAGAGAGACCCAAAGAACCUGCUGGAGUCCAACAGAACCAUUCUGCUGAAACUGGCUGAACUAGCUUUCAAACAGCUAAUGAAGGGCAAUGUGAUGUUCUAUGAAGAGGACCUGAGAGAGAGCAGCAUUGAUGUUCCUGAGGCCUCAGUGUAUUCUGGGAUUUUCACUGAGAUCUUUAGGGAGGAAUGUGUGCUUUACCAGAGGAAGGUCUACUGCUUUGUUCAUCUGAGCUUUCAGGAGUUCCUGGCUGCUGUUUAUGUGUUUCACUGCUAUGAGAGGAAAAACAAGAAGGAACUUCAGAUAUUUAAACCACUAAAGAGUGAGUGGUCUAAGUAUGAGCUACUGGAUGAGGUUCUGAUGGGAGCAGUGAAUAAAGCUGUACAGAGUCAAAAUGGACACCUGGAUCUUUUCCUCCGUUUCCUGCUGGGCAUCUCACUGAAGUCCAAUCAGAGACGCCUACAGGGUCUACUGACCCCAACACAGAGCAGCUCAGAGAGAACCAGAGAGUACAUCAAGAGUUUAAUCAAAGGAGAAGAUAAAUAUCACAUCUCCACUAAGAGAUCCAUCAUCUCCACUGAGAGAGCCAUCAAUCUGUUCCUCUGUCUGUCUGAAAUGAAUGACCAGUCUCUCUCCAGAGAGAUUCAGAAGUAUCUAAACUCAGAGAGACACUCAGAGGAGAAGCUCUCUCCUGGACAGUGUUCAGCACUAGCCUGCAUGUUUCUGACCUCAGAGGAGGUUCUGGAUGAGCUGGAUCUGAAGAAAUACAACACAUCAGAGGAGGGUUAUAGGAGACUGAUCCCAGCUCUGACUGUCUGCAGAAAAGCUCGACUAGCCAGGUGUGGUCUCACCACAAGUUCCUGUGAGAAUCUAUCAUCAGCUCUUCAAUCCAUAAACUCAUCUCUGAAAGAGCUAGACCUAAGUAACAAUGACCUUCAGGAUUCAUUUGUGGACCUGCUCUCUGCUGGACUGAAGAGCUCACACUGUAAACUAGAGAUACUCAGACUAGAUAGGUGUGGUCUCACCACAAGUUCCUGUGAGAAUCUUUCAUCUGCUCUACAAUCUGUAAACUUGUCUCUGGCAGAGCUGGACCUGAGUAACAAUGACCUUCAGGAUUCAGGAGUGAAGCUUCUGUGUGCUGGGCUGAAGAACUCACACUGUAAACUGAAGACACUCAGACUACACAUCUGUAGUCUUGGUGCAAAAGCUUGUGAAAAUCUGGGAUCAGCUCUACAAUCACCAUACUCCUCCCUGAAAGUGCUGGACCCCAGUAACAAUGACUUGCAGGAUUCAGGAGUUGAGAUGCUCUCUGCUGGACUAAAGAGUUCAUUUUGUAAACUGGAGACUCUCAGAUUGUCUGGCUGCAUGGUUACAAAUAAAGGCUGUUCUUCUCUGGCUUCAGCUCUGAAAUCAAACCACUCCCACCUGAGAGAACUGGAUCUGACAUAUAAUCACCCAGGAGAGUCUGGAGUGAAGCUGCUGUCUGUUCUACUGGAGGAUCCACAUUGUAAACUGGAGAAACUACAACUUACCCAGAUGUUGGUCGCAUUGUGCCAAACACCAGCAACUAAGAAGGAGAAGAGUUUCAAAGUAUUUGUUUGAAGCUACAUCAACAUUUAGGAAGGUAAGAUCUGACUGUGUAAUCAUAGCCUUUACAAUGUUUGUGUACAAGCAAAUGCUAGCGUAGCAAUGCUGCUAACAUUCUGUGUCUUUGUGUCAAUUUUCCUAACGUCAUUGUCGAUCUCAAUUUCAGACAAGGAUUCAAAGACAGGAGAGAUAACCAUUAGGGCUGAGAGUUAUAGAUCAAUGAGCAUAAGGGAAAGUUAUAGUGCUGGUUCAGUGCAGGCUGGUUCCUGAGACAGGGUCCUGUGUUUCUGUGAAUCAUAUCAAUGCUGUGAAUCCAAUACUGCAAAAGGCUACUUUAGUUCGUAUUUCAUAUGAUAUCCUAUGAAUAAUACUAGUGUGUAAAAAUCUGUAAAAACAAUGGGAUUCACAGAAACUAAAUUGGGUUGUCACUUCUUUUCCAUUGUAUUGUUGUGCUCCUUGUUAUUUUAAAUGAGUGAAGUGAGAUUAAUAAUGAUUUGGCAACAAUUUUAUCCUUUAUACAUUUAGUGCAUAUGAACUGUUCUUUGUUUCAUAUUUUUUUCAGACCCUAUCACUGUACAUGUGUUCUCUUUUAUAAUAAAAGCUGUUUGAAGUAACUGAGCUAACAGAACUAACUGAACUAGGGAAAGUUAUGCUGCAGCUUCAGGGCAGGCUGGUUCAUGAGACAGGUUCCUAUUCUUCAAAUCAAAUUUCUGUGAAUCAUAUCAAUGCUGUGAAUCUAAUGCUGCUAACCCUGUAGACAUUCUCCUUUAUAACAAAAGUUCACUCAUGUAUCAUUUAGAAAUAACAUUUUAUUGUUUAACUGCAUGUGCAGCACUUACAGUAUGUAUUGUAACAGAUUUGUGUAUUCCCAUCCUGUGCAGCUACAAAGCUGCCAGUGUACCUGUGUGGCAGGUACAGCUUUGUACAACCAUGUGGCAGCACUUUUGUACCAGAUGGCACAUUAUUCUGACCUGAAGCCCACCUCUGUUCCCCCCAAAACUGACCUUUUUUUUAUUGUUAUCUCUACUUUCCUCGAUAAAUAGAUUGAAAAUUUACUUGAAAGUAAGCUUAAUUAAUUGUAAAAAGUGACAAAUUCCAUUUACUGUUUAUCGUAAAUAGUAAUAAUUAAAAUAUUUUAUCAUUUCAUUCAUUUAUUAGAGCUCAGUAAGUUACAGCUGUUACAUCAAUGAAAUUUGCUGUUACGCAUUGCAUUUCAUAAUUGUAAACGUGCCUUGAGUUUUUGUAAAAAAACGCAGCAACAGUAUGAAUAGCGGAAGUAUUGUAGCUGGCUGAGAUUUUCCCGGAAUUACGUCAGCACUCUGUGUGCAUAUAGCCUAUUCCAAUGAGAAGCUGGAGAAUGAGAAGCUGACUUCAGCCUUUCUACUUGUUGCAGGUUAAACGUAUCAGGAAACCAGCUGGAGUGAUUAUAAAUGCAAA